AUGUCUUCUUCAUCUUCUGUUUCCCACUCUAGCUCCAUGUCCUCUUCCGUCCGUACUAACAGUGCUUUGGUCUCAAAUGGUGCCGUCGCUGCUUCUUCUGUCACCUCUUCCAACUCUACUCACUCUUCCACCAAUACCAAGAAGAACGCUGCUCCAUCCAACAUGGUUGCUAACCCAGUUUCCUGGAAAUUCGGUGCUGCUAUUGGUGCUGUCUUAGCUGGUUCUUUCAUUUUGGGUUCUGGUAUAUAA